AUCAACAAAUUGACAUAUCAUAUCAUUUAUUCAUCACAAAAAUCAAAAUAAAAUCCUUUCAUAUUAGUUUAUCAUAAAGUUAAAUCAUAACUGCAACUGCUCAUAUUAUUCUUUUUCGAGUAUUUGAUCUUUCACUGUCUUAAUACAUACAAUCAAGACAGAAAAGCACUGUUUACAAGCGGUAGCGGUUGAAAUCUGCUGCAUCCGUCCCCCACGGAGGCUCGCAGCGAUGCAUCGCGACCCCGCAGACAUGGCUCGGUGAAGCGAAUGGUGGUGCGACUCAGUCGCGUCAAGGGGUUAGAGGGGCGCCGUAAUGACGUGGUGUUCACGCCGUGCGCGCGCCGCGUGCAAACGCCGCCCGCCCUCGUGUUCUGGGGCGGCGACGUGCAGGACUAUCCGGAGAUCAUGCAGACGCACCGCGACAAUCGGAACUUUAUCAAGUGGAACCUCGAAAACACGGCUCGCAUCCUCAGCCAAAACUUCCCCACCUACCACAUUGUAGUCGUUCGGCCCUCCAGGAUCGAGUACAAGAGCUUCAGUUGCUAUGACAACUUCGUGCCGAGCAACAACGCCGGCGUGCCCGAGCACACGCCUACGCAUAGCGCGCUGCUGCACCUGCAGAGGUUACUGCAAGAAGUGAGUAAUCAGGUGAAGAAUAUUCCCGAACAUGAGCUGCUGGCGGGCCUGGAGGCCGCGACCGAGGACACUGUAGAUUUGAACAGUACAUCGCCGAAGCAAGGCGGCUCGAACGGCGCGGCCAGUCCAGCUCAAGAGACCCUCGAGCCGCCGGCGAGCCGUCUGUGGUGGCGGCCGAGCCUGGCGCUGCAGGACUCCAAGAUGGCGCUGGUGGGCUUCAGCAAGGGCUGCGUGGUGCUCAACCAGCUGCUGUACGAGUUCCACUACACACACACGCUCACGCCCGCCGACACGCAGGCCACGAGGUUCAUCUCCAGCAUCUCGGCGAUGUACUGGCUGGACGGCGGGCACGCGGGCGGCCGCAACACGUGGCUCGGCUCGCGCUGCCUGCUCGAGACGCUCGUCAGGCUCGACGUGGAGAUCUUCGUGCACGUGAGCCCGUACCAGGUGUGCGACGAGGCGCGGCCGUGGAUCGGCAGGGAGGAGCGAGCCUUCACCGCCAUGCUGAGGAAGUUAGGCGCCAAUAUCCACCGCUACCUGCACUCGGACGGCGCGCCAGUGACGCUGCUCACACACUUCAACGUGCUCAGCAACUUCCGAAGCGUCCAGGACUCCGGGACCCCCAGCGCGCCUCCGGAGUCCGACACCGACGAGACCACCAAAUAAAACAUACCGCCUUACAAACCUUGUUUAUUGUGCUGUGCUCAGCAGUGGGCGAUAAAGGGCUGAUAUGAUGAUGAUGAUGAUGAAACCUUGUUUGCUUCAAGAGUUGCCGAUGUGCGUGUAAUCGACUAUUGUCACAGAAUAAAUAAUAUUACUAGGUACAGAAGACUCACUAACGAAACACGUCGGUUACGAUCAGGAUAGAUAUGGCCGCUAGAGGUGGCGACAGUGCCACGCGCGGCUUAUGGCUAGCCACAAAAAUUGGUGUGGAACGGAUGUACUUGUAGCUACCUGUUGUAAAGCGACGAAAUCGCGGAGUGAGCCACGCCUGCUAUUGUCAAGGUGCACGAUUUGUUGAAUUCUACGCUAAAUCUUACGCUAAUUCAAACGGCUGCCGCUAGCAUUAAUGUGCUACAUUCCAUGAGAGUACGUGUGUUUGUUACACUCAGCGCCACUUCUCCUUCCAUCACCUUGCCAAUGGUUGCGAGCGAACUUAUACUGCAAAACGUAAUUCAAGACCAAGAAAAGUAAGAUAAUGUUGCCACUACAAUAAUUUGUUUGUAAAAUAGUAAAUUCAUUUUGAUAAAUAAUCACGGUAAGAUAAUUUAUUUAUUAGUAAUUUUACUCCUGCAAUCUAAAAAAGCACUUUUACUUACAUAUUUUUACAUAAAUACAAGACGCGCUAGUAAAAAAGUGGCAACAUGUCUUACUUUUUUUGGUCUUGAAUUACGUUUUGCAGUUUAGCACAUAAAGCAAUCGGGCAUUCUCGGCUCCGUUCGGCUCAGCAUCCGCCAAUCAUCGAACGCGCCGCACCCGUGCUUGACACACUCGUGUUAUUUUUUUUGUGGAAUUAUCACUCGUUCUUCGUAGUUCUAAAGAAGAAGAAAAAUUACGACCCUGCUUAGUACAAAAUGUUUACCUAUUACCUGAAUAGCUGUUAUUUUAAGGAAUAUUUGUAUUUGAAAUUACUAAAACCGCCUAAAUGAAACAUCCCGUUUUUUGACAGACUAGCUGAUCAAUGUAGUGUAAGCAAUCGAACACAAUUUAGGGGUCAUCCAUUAAUUACGUCACACGUUUAGGGG